CCCGCUGCACUUUUCCGAGAGUCUGAUUCAUACGGACCUCUCUGCUCAUCGCUUACGGUUGUGACGUAUCUCACGGUCAUGACGUAAAAAGUUUUCGCAAGCUUCCUCACUUGGGACUUUAGGGAUGACGGAUGUCGUUGAUGGAAAACCCCUCAAGACGGAGAGAAGAUAAAAAGAGCAAACCGCUGCAAAUGGAACCUGAAACAGAAAUUACCGAGUUCACCGGCGGACAGAUACCCACAUCGAGACACCGACAGCCGCCCUGACAGACAUGAACACCUUCAUAGUUAUUGCCAUUCUGCAACACUUCCUGUUUGCAGUUUUGGUUCAAUCAGCUCCUAUCAGUUCGCCGUCUGACCUGCCGCCAGCAUUCAGAGAAGCAGCCGAGCGAGCGAAAACACUGGUGGACAAAAUACUCAGUGACAUCCCCACCGUGCACACAACUACUGUUAACGCUGAGGGUUUGACGCUUGACCCCUCCACCCAGAUAGCAAACCUGCAGAUGAUGAUGACAACACUGGGCAUCCCCGUCGCACCCGUCCUCAAACCGCUGUCUGAGCGGUUCACACUGGAGAUCUGUGUAAACCGCAUGUCAGCGGGCACCAAACUGUACCAGGGGCUCCUGGGAGUUUUGUCUAACAAACUGAGUGGACUGAGCGACCUGAAAGCCGACCUCAGAGACCUGCUGACACACAUCAACAAGAUGAAGGAGGUGGCUCAGCUUGGCAGCAGUGGCGCGGAUGAUCAGGACCACAGUCCAGACCUGGCCUUUAGUCCCCAUGGUGACUAUGAUGUCCAGGUGGCAGUCCACCUUACACUGACACAACUUCGUUCCUUCUGUCAUGAUCUGAUCCGAAGCCUGAGAGCUGUUGCCUCUUAUAGGCCACGAGCAACAGGAGCACGCUAAGCCCAACCUGAGCGGACCCCAAUAUGUUUUCAAGGAUACUGGGAAAAAGUCUGAUGAGUUGGAUAGAGAGACCUCCGAUAUGUCUUCCUGCAGUGCCUCAUGAGAAAUCUUUAUUUCUUAUCAAUCAGGGAAUGACGGUCAAAGACAAUCACUGGAUUCUUCUCUUUGAGCUACCAUAUACCAUCUGAUGUAAACAAACUUAAGACUGCUGCAGCAUUCUGUUCUCAAAGCUGACAGACGUCACCACUUCUUCUUCUGACGAACUCAGCAAUUCAGAUAUUUAUUAUUUCAUUCUCCCCAAGUGAACCAUCUUUCCAAAGGAAAAGAUUCUGCUGCUUCAUUUUCAAAUCUGUUUAUUUAUUUAUUUAUACAUUUUGAAGUGUUUCUCAGGGUCUCACUACUUGGUCAGACGGGAUGCAGUAAUGCAGAACUAUCCAGAACAACUUUGCGUUUCCAGCUUGUCUGUCAUCUAAAGGAUCAGAGCUCUGCCUCAUCUGGCCAAAAAAACAAUGAGCAGGAAUGUGAACGAGUUUAAAAACCUUCCACUACUGCAGAGACGAUUUUGACAGAUCAGAGAUGUGCAGGUCUAAACCUGCUCAGCUCCUGAAACCUGCAGCUCUUUCUGACUCUUGUUUUCUUUUUUGUCUGCAGCAUUUUUGGAAGUUAUGAAGAUGCAUGUCAAUACAGAAAGAAAAGAGAUUCCAUCUGAAGUUUUAAAGCAAAACAGUGACGCAAGCAGAAAGUCAAACUUAUAUUUUUCACGUUUAUUUCAACCAUAGAAUUCUAAAACAUUCAGCAUUACACAAACAAAAAUAAUUUUAACUAGAGAAAUCUGUCAACAACACAAUUGUUAAAUGUUUCACACAUUGAGAUUUAAAGGAUUUAGUGUCCAGAUGAAAACAGGUUAUUGAUAUAUUUUUUGAACUGAUAUUUAUUUAUUAUUUAUGCUUGAAUAUUUAUUGAUGACUGUUUUUUUAUUGUGUGAAUGUUGUUUUUAUAAAGUGUGGUUGUUAUGUAACAUGAGGGGAGGUCGGGGGAACACUGACGUGACCAAAGAGAGGUUUAAAACAAACAAAGGAGAGAGGGAGAAUUUGAGUCACUACUGGAGUGAAACGUUUCUUAGGUUGAGGAACAAUUGAGAUGAUGUCAGAGAAGACUCAGUCAUGAAUGCAUUUUUAAACAUUAAGUUAUUUAUUUAUAUUUAUUUCAAGGGUGAAACUGAAUGUGUGUUGAAGACUCCAAAUGAACCAAUUAAUUUAUUUUUAUUUAUGAAGAAACACAUUUUUCUGUGUGGUAUGCUUUGUUGAUGUUGAAUUUUACAUCAUAAGUGCUAACAGCAA